UAGAAGUUAACGUGCUGGUAGAAUUGGAAGCGAAUUGAAAUCGCGCGCUGCUUUAUUCGCUUGUUUAUGCCAAAGUCCAUGGCUAGAUCAUUUCAUUAGUCGUCUGAAACGGGACAGUACAACUAAGUGACACAAUUUAACCAGUGGGUUUACUACGCUUGGCGUUGUUUGUUAUGUAAAAAGCGCAUAAAUUGUCUGGCGUGUUGAUAACAACAAUCACUCAGCUGAUAAACAUACACAAAGCCCAUGCGGAAACAAUUGAAACCGCCUACCGACCCCACAAACACCCCACGCCCACCACCCACACGCACCUUGGAUUGCCGCUCAAGGUUGCGCCAGUGAUGAGCAAACAAAACAAAGACCGUGAUCGUGCAUAUAACGGUCAAGUAACUGUUUCACGAACCGGUUAAUACUCGUUCAGUGCUCACUUCAUUUGUGUUAAAAACAUGCCCAGGGAUUGCCUUCGGCUUGAGUUCUGGAUACACUGAGCCGUCAUAGCAGUUAAAGCUGCCCCGCCCACUCCGGGGCGCUCAGAUCCCCGGUUCCGAGAUUCCGAGUGACGCCAACGUGGUCGACCGUCGUCGUUUUUCGUCGAUUUGCGGGCUUAUUUAAUGUUGGCCACAGGUCUUCUGGCUUGCAGAAACAUUCCAAAUCUGUCGGCGUUCAAUUCAUGGCGAACGCUUCUCCCGACCGCUAGAAACCGCUCCUUUUCCGCGGCAGCAUUUAAAAUUCCACUGCAUAGGGUUCCGGAACAACAUCAGAAACAGCAGCAGUUUACAAGAGCUUACCCAGCCUCAAAAGACAUGGAUACACCAAGCGAUGUCUUCCGCGGUCUGACGGAUCGCUUUGCCGGAGUCACAGUCGAUGGACGCGAAGAGCAGGUGGAUCCAGACGGCUUCCGGGACAAACUGAAAAAAUCACUUGGUUUUUGGACGACAAACAAGAACCGAGCCAUUUGGUUCAAGGUGUACAAAGAGCAGGCCGACUGGGUGCCCAUUCUUGCGGAGAAUGGCUUCGACUUCCAUCACGCACGCACCGGAGUGGUUGUCAUGUACCGCUGGCUGCCAGAGGACGAGACCAGCAAUUUGCCAAACUUCGCCCACACUCUGAUGGGAGUUGGCGGACUGGUGAUCAACGAUAAGGACGAGGUCCUGGUUGUGUCCGAUCGGUUCGCGAUGAUACCCAAUAGCUGGAAACUGCCCGGUGGCUAUGUGGAGCCGCGGGAGAAUCUCAUCGAUGCGGCGAUCCGUGAAGUUGCCGAGGAGACAGGCAUUAACACCGAGUUCCGAUCGGUGGUCACUCUGCGACAUGCCCACGGCGGCACCUUCGGCUGCUCCGAUCUUUAUGUGGUCGUCGCCUUAAAGCCCCUUAAUUUGGACUUUAAGCGUUGCGAACGCGAAAUAGCGCGACUCCAGUGGAUGAACAUCGAGGAGUAUCUGGAGCAUCCUCAAGUUCACGAGACCAACAGGCAGUUCGUUCGCACGUUUUUGGACUACCAAAAGCGCGGACUGACAAUCACCUGUCGGGAUGAAGUUCAUCAGGUGCUUAAAAAGAAAUACAACCUGUAUUACGUGGAGCAGGAGGCACAGCAGCAACAGCCGGAUCAAAAGAACUCGUGAGACUUGAAGGUUCAGUGGCCAAAUCCCUAGUGCAAUUCAUUUUACUAUUUUCGACCCAAAUCGAGGAGCAGCACAAGUGAAUAUUGAUAUGUUCAUAAUGUAUAAUUUAAUGUAUGAAAGAUUUUCUGAAGGUAAAGAAAUAUUAAAAAAAAGAAAAGAACUACUAAUAUGACAUCCUACUAUUUACUGAUCAUUAAAGCCAAACUUUAUGCAAUUUAAGAACAUGUAGAAUUAAAUGGCAGCCUUAUUGUUAUUAAACUCAGGAAUCGAAAAUAUAGAAAUUCUUUUUAAC